GAAAUCGUCGUUAUCGUUAGCUUCCUCUUUGCUGCUCUAUAUUAUGGAGCCAGCGCGCUAAACGUGACUAAGCCUGUGUAUUUCUCACUGAUCAUUUCAGGCGGUGAGAACGGUAGUUUUCGGUCCUCUGGCGGUAUUCCGUCCAUCGAUAUUGCACUGGAGGCUGUACAGAGCCGCCGUAUACUCCCAGGGUAUAAUCUUACUUACGACCGGGUCAGAAACUCUAAGUGCACCCGAACGGACUCGCUGGACGCGUUUUUUCAAGAAACUCAGGAUGGUACUGUUCCUAAGAUAGCUGUGAUUGGUUGUGGGUGCUCCACUGCAACUGAGCCGGUGGCUGAGAUUAGUCACUACUGGAAUAUAACACAGAUAUCAUUUUCCGCCGCGUCACCUGGACUGAGUGACAUGCAGGAGACGGUUCAAGCAUUACUUCAGAACCACUCCCUCCUUUGGCACCUAUGCCCCUUCCAUUCUGGGGGUGCUUAACGAGUACAGGUGGAAACGACUUGCAUUCAUUAGUGAAAACCACGGUACCUUCCUUAAAAUAAUAAUUGAUUUUGAAGAACUCCAGCAGCGUUUACGUGAUGGUACCAGUGAAUUCUGCUGUUUCGAUAAUCACAAUGUUUUAGUAGAAAACGCAGUGUUUCAAAACUCCCAAGAUGCAGUUACUGUUGCUGGACGACUCUUUGAUGAAGGUAAAUUCCGUGUCUUCCUUGUGAACAGUUUUUCAAGCAGUGCAAGGAAGAUUAUUUGUGAGGUACACUAUAAACUGUUUGGUUUACUAACCCUCACCAUGACGUGCAGAAAAGGGGGU